AGGAGUCGAUCGUUUCUCGUCGUUCCUCUUCCUUACAACCUGCGUUUAGGCGCAGCUUUUCCGUUGAAUCUCUUCAUAGAAAUAGCGGCAAUGAUCCAGAGGCAGAUCCAUGGAGCUCCGCCUCGCCUCUUCACCGGAACCGCUUUCAUGCCCACUCCGGGCACCCAGAUCGCCGCCGACCCCUUAUCCCCCGCCAAGAAUCGUGGGUCUCAAGGAGUGCUCCCGCUGACGGCGAAGCAGAUUGCCGCUGCCUACCACUCCGGCGUCGACAAAUCCGCGCUCUCCAUUGAUGGAAUUGAUGUCACUAAUGUUCGGCUUUUGGGAUUGGUGAUGAAUAAGGUGGAGAGGGUCACUGAUGUCACCUUCACACUUGAUGAUGGAACCGGUCGGAUUGACAUCAAUAGAUGGAUUAAUGAAGCCCCUGAUGCGAAUGAAGUGACAGCUAUCCAAAAUGGGAUUUAUGUAAAAGUUCAUGGUCAUUUGAAAGGAUUCCACAGCAAAAGGCAUGCAUCUGCAUUUUCGGUUCGGCCUGUGAAUGACUUCAAUGAGGUUGUUCUCCACUUCAUCGAAUGCAUAUUUGUACAUAUGGAUGUCAAGAAAAUAAUGGGAGGAGGUUCUGCUCAGAUACCAACAAAUCUAACUGCGGCCUCAUCUUUUCCUAAUGGAGCAAAAGAAUACCCAGCUCCUUUUUCCCACCAAUUUUCUGCUUAUGUAGCCAUGGAUGGACCUGGGAACAACAUUUGCAACAUUGUUUGGGGGGUUUUCCAAGAGCCAGCAAACCUAGGCCGUGAAAAUGGUUUGCACGUUGAUGAGAUUGUCAGAAAAUUGGGGAUACCGAAGAAUACGGUCAUCAAUGCAAUUAACUAUCUUGUGGAUGUGGGCUACAUUUAUUCUACAGUUGAUGAAUAUCAUUUCAAGUCCGCAUACAAUGGUUGAUAUGCGUCAGAUGUUUUUUUAACCUUGACUGAAUAAAAAACAAGAAAAGGUGUAAAUAGGGUCUCUUUGCAGGAACAUAUACAUCCACUUUGUUAUUCCCCUGCCAAAUUUUGUUGGAAG